CAGGCUAGUUUUGCGUCAGUUGGCAACGAGAGUUGCAUUAGUGGAACUGGAGUCCAUCAGGUGUGGAUGAAGGGCCAGGAGUCACCAUGUCAGCGUCCCGCACGACAGAGAAUUUCGGGCCACCGGAUGGAUCAUCAGGAGUCUAUGGACCUGCAGAACCGUCUAAUUCGAGCCAGAACCCCUACACAAGCCAGAUGCCUCGGCAUCAUCUUCCGCCAAUAGACCAGCCGAGUUGCCCGUCAAUCCAGCUUCGUCCAUUACGUGACACCAUUACUGUUGGACAUGAUCCGCACCGACUGAAUGCCUCGGCCCCACCACCAGAUUUGUUGUAUGUGAACCAAGGAUAUGACGACGCCCCACCCCCGGCGUAUGACUCCGUUUACCCGGGUUCGUAUCCGUCCUACCCCACAAGUCAGUCUGUCACAGAGACCCCCACUGAAACGUAUCGCGCACAGGAAAAACUGCCGACGCCCAUUCAGGUGUCUUCGGUUGCGGGGACAGCUAAGUCGUCAGUGGUGGAGCCAGCUAGAGUCACUGGCGGAGACAUCGAUCCCGUUUCUGCCAAGGUACCAAAACCACGCCACCCGUCAUCAUCAGUCCCACCAGCACGUCUGCCGCGACAAACGUUACCAUCAAUCACAUCCUCACCAACACAACCCAAAACUGAAGCGCCGGUCUCUCAACAACCAGCCCCGUCUGCUCCAAAGACAACCCAAAGUCCACCAGAUCUCCAGGAGUUGCCAAAAGCAGCAAAGCAACUUUUGUUUAUCGGAUUCUUUCUGAGUGUAGGCCUAAUUAUUAUCGGUGGCCUCGGAUUCAAGUACAGUAUGUUUGGAUUUAGGGUGUCUGUCGGCAUUUGGGCGGGAAUUCUAUCCCUUUUGACGCACACCGUUUUUACUGAUCCAAGGAAUCGCGCUCCGAAAUACACCCAACGUUGCACGUACGGGUUCUUCAACUUUUUGACAUUCAUCGGUACAGUAGUUUUCAUUGGCUGGCAUGGCCGAGGUCUGACCAUAGACCUUCAACUCAAAAAGAACUGCACUUUCUAUCUCACAGAGUCGUAUCCUCUGCGAAACUGUAGUAUCGAUGAAACCUACGGACUCGACGAUUUCAUCUUCUAUCCUCUUAACGAGGCCGAAACCACAGCCCGUAUUGCGCUGCAGGCUUCUGGGAUUGCCAUCUCUGUGUUCCUCAUCCUGAUUGGCUUCCUCAGAUGGGAGAAGACUAAACAUCUGCCAGGUCACGUGAAGCCAGCACCCAAUCCGAACAGGUUACCACCACUCCCUAAAUCUGUCACGGACGGAAUGUGGAUGCAAAUAUUCGUCAGUAUCGGACUCAUCAUAAUCGGGGCAUUAGGAUUCAAAUACAGAAUAUUCGGCUUCAAAAUAUCGGUAGGAAUAUGGGCGGGUCUCCUCGGAUUCAUUUCGACCAUCAGUUGCAACGACCCCCGCCCGCAACCGCCGAAAUACAACCAACGCAAAUCAUUUAUCUUUUUCAACUUCUUGGCAUUCAGCGGCGCUGUCGUCUUCAUGGGUUGGCACGGACAAGGUCUGUCGGUGGACAACCAGUUUAAUGAAAAAUGCGUCUUUAAUCGGACUAAAUGGGUAACUGCUGUCAACUGUACCGACUACAACACAUACGGAUUAGACCAAUUCGUGUUCCUCCCGAAGAGCAGCGCAGAGAUCACCGCCAGGGUGGCCCUGCAGGCAGUUGGUAUCUUUUUCUCUGCUCUAACAGUCGUCUUCAUAUGUGGGAGGUGGGAAAAGACUAAGCAGUUACCAGGCAAAGUAGCUCCUCAGAAAUAACAGUAGACCUAUAUCCCACCACUGUGAAUGCCGAGAGCAGGGGUACCAGGCUAAAAAUGGUUCUCGUUACCUUUUUUUGUUAUCGGUAUUUAAUGGGUUUCGCAUUCCCACCCAAGAUGCAGCAGUGACUGACGGUUUUUCACGGUUUUCAGUGUGUAGACUGUUUAGUGGCGUAAUUUUUGCACGCCGUCUCGACUUGUCGAAAGACUUUAUUCCGGAUCUGGUCAAAUAAAUGUGAAAAAAGUUCAUUUACUGCUGAAAUGUCCCACAAAUUUGCCAUUAUUCGUUCGCGAUUGAGCCAACGGGUUCAACGGCCUGACUGACGGUACGGGAAGACCUGCCCAAAAAAUUUAUGACGUCGCACAGAACAUUUUGUCAAUCUCGGUGAUUGAGUUCUCGGAACGGGAUAGCGAAACCUCACUAAUGUGACACUGAUAGUCCAUGUAAUUCAUUGUAGAUGACACUAUUGAUAAAGGAACAUUUGAUUCGUUA